UUGGAGUUGCUGGUGGCGGGGUCGAGCGUCGCCGAGACGGAGGCAAUGGCCACGGCGGCGACGGACAGGAUGGCGCGGAUCGAGGGCAUGGUUGUUAAAACGAGCGGUGUUUGUUUGUUUGGUUUGAAUGAAGGUGAUUGAUGUGUUGGUGCUUUGGGGUAGCUUCGGCGACGGUCUCCUCCCUCCCUUUAUAUACCUGAUCAGAGAGAGGGGAUGAUCCGCCGCCAGCAUCAUGAUUUAACUUCGGGAGCGCUCCCCAGCGCGCCGGCUUCUGGACCGCCGCUUCCCUGCACAGAUGGAAAGCUGGAACAUCAGGCGAGCGAACUCACUCGCGAGCGGUGGAAGUCGCAGCAACUGGCGCCCGUCACGGGCGCGCGGCCCAGCCCCAGACGGCCUCAUUCCCCCCUCGUCCCAGAUCCCCCGUGUGCGUGGCCCGCCGCUGCCUCCGCCUGCCGCUCAUUCGUCGCUUGUACCGGCUCGCUCGGCGCUGCGUUGUUGCCUCCCGGCCCGCCCGUUUCAGGUACACGAUGCGCGGCAGCGUGCGAGUCCUUGCGACGCGCGCACGGGCCCCGCCCGCACCCCCUUUUGCCGUUUGCGAGCCCGUCCUGCCUGACGUGUUGCGCGGCCACGUCGUGGGCUGCUUUCGAGGCGUGCUGCGGACGUUGAGCGUGCCCGUGUUUAAGGUUGUAUAUGCAAGGCGGAGAUUUGCCGGUGCGUGAGACAGGAGCUUCGCCCUGCUGGGGGUUGCUUGCUGCGAAAAAGUAUCCUCUACUACCUAGUUAUUGC